AUGUCAAACAAAACAUCCACUACAAGCACAGGUUAUUCAAACCUUGAGGGUAAAAGUCAAGAUGAGAUUCUUGUUGAUAUGAAUGGCAAACAAGUGCCCUUGUCCAAGAUCUCCAAGCCACAUGCUGUAGUAUUACCACAGGAUCAUCAAGGAAACCUUGAUGCCAAAUCUUUUCCUGGUGUGGAGCCAGAAGCUCAACAAAAGGAAGAUAUUAAGGCUUUUGAUCAAGCUAUUUUAGAGCCCGGUAAACAUGGCCAGAAAUUUGAUGCUGCUUCAUUCCCACCUGUCGAGCCAGAGGCACAAAAAAGAGAAGAAGAGUUGGAAGCUGCUCGUAGAAAAGAGAAUUGA